UUAGCCUGGCGCACAAUACUGGUGUUUGUGCAACGGCCCCUGAGUGGCUGCUGGCUCUCUCAGAUUGCUCUCGCCUGACUACCAUCGCUGCUCACAUUGUUGAGGUGAAUGCAGAGUGGACUGCAUGACCCAUCCGGUGAGAUGCUCCAAAUGAGGUGACAGGUGAUACAUUGCUCUGUAAUAUUGAGCAUAGCAGCAAGACUGGACUGAAGAGUUAGCAUCGCAGGUUUUGGCAACAGAGAAAAGGGCAGUCACCCAAUGUACCAGGAGUAAAAAGAAGACGUGCAAAUGUUGACACAUCUAAGCACUAGAGUUUAAUUUGUGGUGUGAGUGGGACACUGAGGAUUCAUCUGAGGGACAAGUGUGGGCUUCGAGCGUCAGUGUGGGAGGAGAGAAGAAGAGGUGGACGCAGGUGGAGGUCAAGAAAAGAGAGCGUGGGCCUAGAGCCCAAACACUAACAGCAUGGCUGAGACGAAAGUAAGCCUCCCAGCUAAGCUGAUUAAUGGGGGCGUGGCCGGGCUGGUUGGUGUGACAUGUGUAUUUCCUAUUGAUCUGGCCAAGACCCGCCUACAGAACCAGCAAGGCGUCCAAGUCUACAAGGGAAUGAUGGACUGUUUGGCAAAGACAGUACGCUCAGAAGGCUAUUUUGGAUGCUACAGAGGCGCAGCAGUGAACCUGACGCUUGUCACUCCAGAAAAAGCCAUCAAACUGGCCGCCAAUGAUGUUUUCAGACAGAAGCUCUCAAAGGACGGUCGCUUGCCCCUCUGGGGAGAGGUUCUGGCCGGGUGUGGAGCUGGCACCUGUCAGGUGGUAGUUACCUCUCCCAUGGAGAUGCUCAAGAUCCAGCUACAGGAUGCGGGAAGACUCGCAGCUGCUAAGAGAUCGGUGCCAAAUCCAGCUCAGGCAGCCGCUCCUGGUCCAGCUCCAUCCCUCGUGGCACCCACCCCAGCCCGGCCCACACCCCCUCUGCGGCCAUCAGCCACCAGAAUCACCGUGGAGCUGCUGAAGACUCGAGGGCUGGCAGGUCUCUAUAGAGGGGCAGGAGCCACUUUACUGAGGGAUGUUCCUUUUUCAAUGAUCUACUUCCCCCUGUUUGCAAACCUCAACGCCCUGGGCAGGGACACUUCAGGAAGCCCAGGUGAUGUGCAGGCACGGGCACCUUUCUGGCAGUCAUUUGUAUCAGGCUGCGCUGCAGGGUCGAUAGCAGCAGUGGCUGUCACACCGCUCGAUGUGAUAAAAACAAGACUGCAGACAUUGCAAAAAGGUGAAGGAGAGGACUCGUAUAAAGGAAUUGUUGACUGCGCAAGGAGAAUCCUGAGACGGGAGGGUCCGUCAGCAUUUCUUAAAGGUGCAACAUGCCGUGCUUUCGUCAUCGCUCCGCUUUUUGGCAUAGCACAGGUGGUCUAUUUCCUUGGGGUUGGGGAGAUGGUCAUUGGUUUGCUAGGGUAGCAAAGUUGGGCACCCUGGUGGCAAUAUCAAGCCCAAUCUUACCACAUCAAGGUGCCCUGACAAGAAAUCUAUGGACACUGAGUCACAAUCUCCAAUGAAGUUGGAGUAAAGUGGUGGGAAUAUUGGCUGACGUACGUAUGGACACAAGUUUUACUCUAGUCGUGCUUCUCUAGGAUGACGCUGUCACCAGGAGGGUAAAAGGGUUUCCAAGUCUUUGACUAAUCCAAGGACAAGUUUCCACAUGUGUUUUGGUUGUCACUGUAUAACUGUAUGUGCUACAGUGUGUCGCGCUGUAACUAGUCCAAUUGUUUAGGGGAAGAUAAUAUAACUCCUUCUCAAACACAUUACAAAUGACUGCAGCAAAAGAUUUCCAACUGUGUUUAUAAAAAGAUAGUUGCAAAGAUUUGGAUGUUUGAUGUGAAUCACUGGCGAAGACGAUUAGGUUGUACUGAGCCGCCCACUUUCCCCGUGAGGUCCAAAUUGUAAUCUAGGAUUCCAUCAUUGGAUUGAGAGGUGCUACUGCCACUGUCUCCUUAGGCAUUAGACGGUGCUGCUGGUAAUGCUAUAAUCCCUGUAUUAGCGCAAGAUACACCCUAACACACAGCUCACUUCCUGUCACAGAUAUGUCACCGACAGGAAGCCACUGCCUUGGAAGACUCUAAAUUGUCACACAUAACAAUGUUACUGUCUUAGUUGGAAAAGUGCAAUAAAAGCCUUAUCAUUGCUUGGAUUAUGAUAUAUUAAGUCCUAAAUGGGAUUCAGAGCUCUUGACAUACUGUUUUGUAUUUUAGGUCAGAUCAUUAUAUUCGUAGACCCUGUAACUGUCAACGGGACCAAACUAAAUAUAUAUUUUUUACAUUGUUCAUGUUCAUUAUUCAUGAGAUUUGUAUCAUGUUGCUAGCGUAGCAAUGCUUCUACAUUUAUUCAUUGUAGUGUGGACCAUAGCCUUUGUUUACAUGGUGUAAAUAAAUAUUCACAAAAUGA